UGUUCUUGUUUUUCAGUUCUUUACAUUAACAGUCCCAGUGUUUUUUUGUUUUUAUUUUUGUUUUUAUCUGAUACAAAUUUGCUAGAUAUUCAUUUAAUAGGUAUAUAUUUACCUUGAAUUUGUAAUGAUUACAGGUGAAACACUUAAAAGAUCAUGGAAAUGUUUAAAGUCAGCAAGGAAAGUUUAAGAUUCAUGUCCAAAAGAUUCACAACUGUGUUAGUUGUGUGUUUCAUAGCUUUGCCGGUGUUCUUCAUGGUCUCAAUGAUAUCUAGAAACUCAAACUUUAAUCUAAGUGCAGCCCUUGGUGUUGCUGUUCAAAAUGCUACACCAUUAGGUUUUGAUGCAAAAUAUGAGUCCUCUGAGCCCCCGGGAAUACCAGAUGACACGAGCCUUGAUGAAGCUCCGCAGUAUAAAUCUGGCAGUGGAUCAGAUUCACAAUACAAGUCCUCUCAGGCUCCCAACAUGCUAGAUGACAAACUACUCAAUGGAACCCUCGCUCCCGCUUUUGAUGAAGGAUCAGUUCGAAAAGAUGAGUCAUCUCAACCAACCAAUGUACAGAGUAAGAACAUGCACAAUGGAAAUCUGGCUGCCACAUAUGAUAAUAUAUCAGGCUCAGAGAGUAAUGUUUCUCAAGUUCCAAUGGUGAAAAAUAAUAAAUUGCUCGAUGAACUAAUUGCUCGUGGCUUUGAUGAAAGCUCAUGCUUAAGCAGGUAUCAGUCUGUUUUAUAUCGUCGAAUUUCUCCCCAUGAGCCCUCUCCUUAUCUCAUUGCAAAACUGCGCAAUUAUGAAAAGCUUCACCAGCGGUGUGGACCUUAUACAAAAUCGUACAACACAACGUCAAACACUCUCAAAUCUGGCCACAUAAGCAGCCCCACGAAAUGUAAAUACAUUGUCUGGAGGCCUGACAAUGGGUUGGGAAACAGGAUUGUAAGUAUGGUAUCAUCAUUUCUUUAUGCUUUGCUCACAAACCGUGUCUUGCUUGUUGAUCAUGGAAGUGACAUGACCGAUCUCUUUUGUGAGCCGUUUCCAAAUUCAUCAUGGUUAUUGCCUGUGGACUUUCCGCUAAGGAAUCAAUUCCGCAAUUCUGAACUCAGGUAUGCUCACAGUUUGGGGGGCAUGCUAGAAAAACAUAGCAUAUCAGAGGAGUUAACACCUUCAUAUCUUUAUCUUUCUCUUGCAAAACGUGAUUAUGAUCUUGAUAAGAAACUUUUUUACUGUGACCAAAACCAAGCUCUUCUCCAGAAAGUCCCUUGGUUAAUUUUGCUGUCAGAGCAAUAUUUUGCCCCUUCUUUCUUCUUGAUUCCAUUUUUCACAAAACAGGUAACCAAAUUAUUCCCUGAAAAAGACACCGUUUUUCAUCACUUGGGUCGAUAUCUUCUGAAUCCCUCGAAUCAGGUAUGGGAGAAGCUAAUCACCAGCUUCUAUGAUGCACACUUAGCCAAAGCAGAUGAAAGGAUUGGCUUCCAAAUAAGAGUAUUCCAUGCGAAUGCUGCAGCAUUUGAAAUUGUUAUGGAUCAAAUAUUAGCAUGUUCUACAAACAAGAAAAUUCUACCAAAAGUGGUCGACACAGAAAAAUCUGCUGUUUCCUCCGCGAGUCAUACAUCAUCAAAAGCUAUUUUAGUAACAUCUUUAUACACUGAGUUCUACAAGAAUUUGAGCAGUAUGUACAAGCAUAAACCAACUGUGACAGGGGAUGUCAUUGGGGUUUACCAGCCGAGCCACGAAGGAUAUCAACACCGUGGAGACAAUUUGCACAAUAUGAAGGCAUGGGCUGAAAUUUAUCUCCUGAGUUUGUGUGAUGUGUUGGUGACUAGUGCUUGGUCAACUUUUGGUUAUGUAGCUCAUGGUCUUGGAGGUUUGAAACCAUGGAUUUUGCAUAAGCCAGGCCAUGGAAUAUAUCUUCCCUGUAAGCAAGCAAUGUCUAUGGAGCCCUGCUAUCACUAUCCCUUCAGUUACAAUUGCAAGUCAAAGAAUGAAGUUGAUCCCGUAACUCUUGUUCCGUAUGUACGGAAAUGUGAGGAUAGAGGGUCAGGAGUGAAGCUUUUUAAUGAACACUAGAAACAGUAGCUGCAUUUUUCGGAAGUAGCAUAUCCUGAUGUGAUGGAUUAGGCCUACACAGAUUAGCCUAGUGCUAAAAGUUAAAGAUUGGAAUUUAUGUUGGAUAUCCAUCUUUUGAAUUCGAAGGCUAGUUGAAUGCUAUUCUAAAUUUUUUACUUGUAUGAUUAUUCCAAUCUGUUUCCUGACUAUACGGACUUGGAAACACGGCUCCUCUGAUGCUACGAGGAUGAUUAAGGAAUACAGAUAAUUCUGCUACACAUACUUUUGGCGGCAGGAUUCGAUGGCGCAUCCUACAUAAGCAGCCAUUACCCACAGUAGUCGGCAACAUCAUAGCAGCUUAUUAUGACAAUUAUUUUGCAUCUGCACAAGUUGGUAUAAGUUAAUCAAUUGCUGGCCAUGUGGCUCAAGGUCUUACGGUGGAUGGCAUCAGGGCUUGGUGAAAAUUACCCAAAUGCAGACUCGGCAACUAGCCAUAUCUAUGAAGCCUUAUAUCUAUUUUUUGCCACCAAGUUUUGGAUGCAAUGUCAAAGUUUGAUGCUGCAGUGCUGAUCUUGUGAGUUCUCUUGUGUUUGUGCAUUACCUGACCUCAAGCUCAAGAUUUGCUCAAUUUGGAUGUAGUUUUUCGCUUCUUGUAGCCUACAAAAUUACUAUUUUUUCUUUAGGAAAAAAGAACGAAAACAUGAAAUAUUAGAGGCAUGAGAUGUUUUAUGUAAUGGGAAUCUGGAUAUAGGAAUAUAUCAGAAAGAACGAUUUUGUCA